AACCCCCCCCCCCCCCCCCCCCAUUUUAUGGCGUUAGGGAACCCAGUCUUCGCACCUAAUCUGGGAAAUAUCAUGAACACCAACAACAACAUGAAUUCCACCAUGAAUUCUACCCCGGGCUUAAACCCCUCUGACACUGCGAUGCUGGAGGUGUUCAUCCCCGGGUACGCUAUGAUCUCACGCUUCCUCAUCUCAUAUCUUCACAUUGACCUGUCCCUGUACAUCCCCUACCUCGUUACUGCGGCUGUCCUGGGCGCCGCAGGACGCUAUGUCUUUUACCAGGUUCGAGAGCUGCUAGAAGAACACUGCGUCUCUACAGCCGAAAUCCGUCGUGAAGAUGAAGUCUACAGCUACCUCAUGUUUUGGCUUUCCCAGCAACCCUUCACAAACCACACCACCCAUUUCGUCGCCGGAACAAAGAUCAGCGGGACAUCGAGCUACUACGACUCCGAGGACGAUGACGGCUGGGGCGAGUCUGACGAGUACGAUGAAGAGGGAAAUGUCAUUGUCGAUUUUGACGAAUACUGGGCUAAGGCGGUGGCACGAGACAAGCAUAAGCGUCUCCGGUUCACCCCCUCCGAGGGCACCCACUACUUCUGGUUCAAUGGACGGCCUCUGGCUUUCAUCCGGCAGAAGGACGAGAACAACAGCAGCAAUUAUUACUCCGCCAGGGUUUCGGAGCGACUGUUUGUCUCCUGUAUUGGGCGCGACCCCACGAUCCUCAAGGAGCUGCUCCUCGAGGCCCAGCGCACCUACGUCGCCCGGGACAACAACAGCACCGUCAUCUACCGCGGCCAGAAGAGCGGCGGAUACACGGAGUGGGGACGCUGCAUGGCACGCGCGCCUCGGGCUCUCUCCACCGUCGUGCUGGACCCUGCCCAGAAACAGAGCUUUAUUGACGAUAUCAAGGAGUACCUUCACCCCCGCACCCGCCGAUGGUAUUCCAACCGUGGUAUCCCCUACCGCCGGGGAUAUCUCCUCCAUGGGCCCCCCGGCACAGGAAAGACCAGUCUUUGCUUCGCUGCAUCAGGCUUGCUGGGACUCCAACUCUACCUGCUUAACCUCAGCUCCAAGAGCCUCGACGAAGACGAACUCAUGGCCCUCUUCCAGGAACUCCCUCGCCGAUGCAUUGUGCUGCUCGAGGAUGUCGACUGCGCCGGCAUGUCCCACAAACGCAGCGACGAACCCGGGGCCGACUCCGAAGAAAAGAAAGCCGCAACGGCAGGCGACUCUUCCUCCUCUGGCUCCCCCCCUUCUUCUUCUUCUUCAUCAUCAUCCUCAGGGGAGACGACGAGUGUCCUCGAGAAAGUCGGCGUCUCGCUUUCGGGUCUCUUGAACGUCAUUGACGGCGUUGCCGCCUGCGAAGGCCGCAUCCUCGUCAUGACCACUAACCACCCGGAGAAACUCGACCCUGCGCUCAUCCGCCCGGGCCGAGUCGAUAUGUCCAUUGCCUUUGGCUACUCCACCUCCGACGACAUCAAGGAACUGUUCUCUGCUAUCUACUCCACGCUUGAGGGUGACCUGCGCGCGUCCCGCACCAACGGGGCGUCCAAGACGCUGCGCUUUGUGGCGGAUAAGAAAGCGCGGUUCUCCCAGGAGCAGGUCUGCGCGUGGGCCUUGGAGUUUGCGGCGGUUGUCCCAGCCGGGGAGUUUACUCCUGCUGAGAUCCAGGGGUAUUUGUUGAAUCACAAGACGGACCCGGAGAGGGCAAUUAGCGCCGCGGGGAAGUGGGUUGACGAGCUUCGGGCGAAGAAGCAAGAGGGGGAUAAGAAGGAGAAGACUGAAAGUAAGACUGAAAGUAAGACUGAGCAGAAGUCUGACACGGUCGAAGAGAAGACUGAGAAGGCCGAGGAGACUGAGGAGAAGAGCGGAAAAGGUGAAGAAAAGUCUCAAGAUGCAUCUGAAGACACUUCUACUUGACUAAUAAUUAGAGACACCUUGCAUCAACAAACCUAGAUAUAGAUACCCCAGAUGAUACUAGUAAUACAUCAUUGCAUUUUGAU